CGCGACACACAAACUAGGGUUUCAGAUUUCAAAACACUUCAAACGCCGCUUCCCUGCUCCUCUCUCUCUCUCUCUCUCUCUCUCUCUCUCUCUCUCGCGAUUCAGGAUCGAUUUCACCAGAUCUGCUCAUCUCUUUCUGGCGAUUCAGGAACGAUCUAUGAAGUUUCAACAGAUCGAUGAAGAUUCUGACCUCCUGGUUCCGUUUUCCGGAUUUUAUUGGCGUUUUGCAACAUUCGUCAAGGAUGGAUUUUCGUUUUUUGUAGGUCAUGGUUUGAAGACUAGAUCUGGUGAAGAAUAAUAAGAAUACUCGGAAGGAGACAACAAAAUCAUGGAGAAGAAUUAGAUCUCGGUGGUUGGAGUUCCAGAUGCGAUUCCCGUCAAGUAUAUGGAGGUUCACUGAGUUUGGAGGUGCAGUGCCUUAUAGACCAGCUGAAGAUUUGGCAUACUCAGUAGCUAAGUUUAUUCAGAGUGGUGGAUCUUUUAUCAACUAUUAUAUGUAUUAUGGAGGAACUAAUUUUGGGCGGACAGCAGGUGGCCCGUUUAUUGCUACAAGCUAUGAUUAUGAUGCUCCGCUUGAUGAAUACGGACGUACAGUGGGACUAAAGAAUUGGGUGAGGAUAACUUUUGCCGCAGAACCAUCUUCUCUUGAAGAAGCACUUGAAAGACCUAAAAUUGAUCUUUUUGCGUCUCCAACUGCAAGUUUUGCAGCUCCUCCGGUUGUUGACUUUUUUGCAUCUCCACCUGCAAGCUCUACGGUUUCUCCCGCUGUUGACUUUUUUUGCGGCUCCUGUACAAGUGGAACCUGAGGUCAAACCAGUAGAAUCUAAAACAAUUUCAACCCAAGCUGACCAGUUUGACCCAUUUGCUGCACUUCCAAUGAACAAUUUUGAUUGUUCCGAUGUUAACAGAGCUUCCAAAGGCUCCGAAUUCCAAGUCGGGAGAUGGGGAUUCCACUGCCACUGUUGGCGCUACUAUGGUUGAUAUGCCUCCAUCACCCGCUGUGGAAUCUCCGACGAGAGGUGGUAAAGAUGACCAAGAACAAAAGCAGACACAUGAUCUUCUAAGCAUAUGAAAACAAGAGUGUUUGAUCUAAAAGUUGUAUGAAUUGGUUAUUUGGGGUUAGUUUAAGUUUCUUUUUUAGUUUUUAAUGUUGAAGUAUCUAACUAUUAAGGUUGUUUUGGUAAGUAAUAUGUGCAUGGUAUGAUUGGUUUGUUGGGAGAUUUAAGGUUAUGUUUCUCUAUA